CUUUAAUACCUUCAGCAGCAGACAUACAUGCAGAUUACAGAGCGAGAUCCACUCGCCCUAGGAAAGAAGGAGUAAAAUAACUCAGUAUCUUUAGAAGAUUGGCUGGCUGGGGGAGGUGGAUGCGCUAUUCUUGUAAAGAGCCUGCGUUAAAUAACGAGGACGCGUAACACAGCAGAGGUGAGGCAGACAAACGGCCCUUGGUAGAGAGGUUGGGUGCGAAGACUGCACGAACAGCUGCAUCUUAUCGCAUUUAGAGAUGAAAGUGAGGCAAGGCUGCGACGCGGGUGUCCCGUGUACGACUGAGGAGGAUUUGCUAAAAAGCACAGAAAUAACGCCGGAGGAUGUACUCGGGCUGCAGAAGAUCACAGACAAUUACCUCUGCGGUCCAGAACAGAACAUACACAAGAUCGACUUCACCAGGUUCAAAAUCCGAGACAUGGAGACAGGCAUGGUUCUUUUUGAGAUCACCAAACCCCCUACAACAGAGAGUGGGGAGGACAGAACGGACUUUGACCAGAAUGCCGGGCGCUUCGUGCGUUACCAGUUCACCCCCGCUUUCCUCCAACUACGACAGGUUGGCGCCACGGUGGAGUUCACCGUAGGCGAUGUUCCCAUCAACAACUUCCGAAUGAUCGAGAGGCACUAUUUCCGUGAGCAGCUGCUGAAGAGCUUUGACUUUGAGUUUGGCUUCUGCAUCCCGAGCAGUAAGAAUACCUGUGAACACAUCUAUGAGUUCCCACCAAUCUCUGAAGAUAUAAUGCGUGAAAUGAUCCUUCACCCAUAUGAGACACAAUCCGACAGCUUUUACUUUGUGGACAAAAAGCUUGUGAUGCACAAUAAGGCAGAUUAUUCUUACAACGGUGGACCGUAGUACAUGUAGACAUCUACUGACAGUGGCAUCUAGGCAUCUAAUCUUAUAUG